GCUUGGGCAUACAAGUCGUGAGGGAUAUUGACGAUGAUAACGGCGAGACGUGCGCACGACCGUUAGUGGCCAUUGUUAUGGGCCUAGGCAAAUUGGUUCAACUCCGCUACCCACCGGGGUCCGGCCGGACAAACAGGUGGAUUCAGUAUAGCGCUUUUCUCAGAAGGGAUAUCUACACGUUCAUUUAG